UCUACGCCCACAGGUGUCACACGUCCAAUCAGCUGAGCACUAUUAUGGGAUUAUCUGUGAUUUGCUGUGCUGGUGGAAUGUGGUGAAAAGCUUCCCCCGAAGACGGAAAAAACUGCCAUCGUUAUGCGGACGAACCUCAUUGUGCUGCUAGGCAUGUUACAACUCCGUCAAGUGUACAAUCGACCUCAGAACCAAAUCACCACAGAACAAAACACCAAACAUAUCAAAAUAGCUAAUACCCAUGGAGCUCUACAAAAAUCAGAAAGAAGGAAAAAGGAUUUUCCGCUACCGUUCACACAGUACUUGGUGCCGAACUUGCACGUCAUUCCUAUUCAAAAUGUGUACAACAACCCGAUACAACAAAACAGGACUUUGUUUCCUAUCUAUUCCUACAUUCCUGUGCAUCAUAAUUACUUGGUGCCGCUCCAAGAGCUGACUGUGAUCCCAUUAAACAGGGAAGUACUGCAGAAAGCUCCGAGAGUGGACAGUGAAGAAAACAGUUUCAGGACUUAUUAUGGUGGUUACGGAAACGGACUGAGCUGGGGAGGCCGCGGGGCCGGACACGGCUUCUAUGUCUUCGGUUACACUCGAUAGUGCAUUCUCAAAUAAAGAAUUGGUGUUUUUAAAUAUUCCUUUUUAUUUUGCUUUAUUUGCAUCGUUUUGAAAAGAUCCGACUUUAAAGAACUAGGAUUCAAUUCAAUGAAAAAUAUUCCUUAUUUGCAU